GUCGAAGCUGAUUUCAUACCGAAUUUCAAAGUGAGUCUGUGACGUCGAUAGAGAAGAAAGGUUGCUAUGGGGUUACUCUAGGUUGCGGUGUUGUAGGUAGUUCUAGGUUCUAUUCAUGAACCUAACCCCGUCGAACCCAGGCGAAGUCGCUCUUCUGGCUGGGUUCGGAAAAAUCCGACUGUUGUGGUUGAAAGAUCCAAUCAGAACCUCAGAUCUGACCGCCUGGUAGCUAAAGACAAGGCAGCAGUAGUGCGUCUCCACGUGUGCCCGCGAGUGUGUGAGAGUGUGUUUGUGGGUGAACGGGUGUGUGUAUGUGUAAAGCAGCAGGCCACCAGGCAGGAUGGCAGAAGCUCACCAGGCUGUGGGCUUUCAGUUCACCGUCUCGCCCGAGGGCAUCGACCUCCAGCUAAGUCAUGAGGCGCUGCGGCAGAUCUACCUCUCUGGCGUCUACUCCUGGAAGAAGAGGUUCGUCCGCUUCAAGAAUGGGGUCCUGACGGGGGUGUAUCCAGGCAGCCCCUCUGGCCUAAUGAUGGUGCUGGCGGGGCAUUUCGGCAGAGCACACUACUUAAAAACAGAUCCAUCACUAGGCCUAUUCAAACUCCUGGAGGACUUCCUCCCAGUCAGCAGGUACCUAUCCCCUGAGACCCAGCAUUGGUUGGGUGGCGCGCUGGUGGGCACAGGGCUGUGGGUGGGCAUCGUGUACGUCAUGAGGGCCGUGCUGAAGGGCCUGCUCUCCUGGCACGGCUGGAUGUACAUGCCACGCGGCAGCGUGCCCCUCAAAGUUCGCCUAUGGAUGAUCCUGGUGCGGAUAUGCUCUGGCCACCGCACUCCUCAGCUCUACAGCUUCCAGACGUCUCUGCCACGGCUGCCUCUGCCCUCUGUCAAGGACACCAUGCAGAGGUAUCUGCAGUCAGUGCGUCCCUUGUUGUCUGAUGAUGAGUAUGAGCGGAUGAAGGGAUUGGCUGAGGAAUUUCAGGACAAUCUUGGGCCACGCCUACAGUGGUACCUGAGGCUCAAGGCCUGGUGGUCCACCAACUAUGUGAGUGACUGGUGGGAGGAGUAUAUCUACCUCAGGGGGCGGGGCCCAAUCAUGGUCAACAGCAACUACUAUGCAAUGGACUUCCUCUAUGUGUUCCCCACUAACCGGCAGGCAGCGAGGGCGGGCAAUUCCAUCCACUCCAUCAUGAUGUACCGCAGGAAAUUAGACAGAGCUCAGAUCAAACCGCUAAUGCUACAAAACACCAUUCCAAUGUGUUCAUCCCAGUAUGAGCGAAUGUUCAACACCAGUCGCGUACCAGGGCCAGACAGAGAUACACUCCAGCACCACAGCAACAGCAAGCAUAUCAUGGUGUACCACAAGGGGCGCUAUUUCAAGGUGUGGAUGUUCUACGACGGGCGUCUGCUGAUGCCCAGGGAGAUCGAGCAGCAGAUGGAGCGCAUCCUGGCCGACGACUCCCCACCCCAGCCUGGAGAGGAGGCGCUGGCCGCACUCACCGCCGGGGACAGGGUGCCAUGGGCAUGUGCUCGGGAGGCCUACUUCAAGCACGGCCUUAACCGCAAGGCAUUGGACUCUGUGGAGAAGGCUGCCUUCUUCGUCACCCUUGACGACACAGAGCAGGCGUACGAUGCAGACAGACCUCUGGACUCGCUCAGUAGCUAUGCCAAGUCCCUUCUUCACGGGAACUGCCACGACAGGUGGUUCGAUAAGACCUUCAACCUGAUCGUCUUCAAGAAUGGAACCAUGGGCCUAAACGCCGAGCACAGCUGGGCCGAUGCUCCCAUCAUCGGACACCUGUGGGAGCAUGUGCUGUCCAAUGACCCGUUCAAGCUGGGCUACACAGAAGAGGGCCACUGCAAAGGCAGCCCGCACCCCAGCAUGCCCGGUCCAAUACGCCUGCAGUGGAGCAUUCCUGCUGAGUGCCAGACCAUGAUCAACAACUCUCUGACGACGGCCAAGGUCCUGGCAGAUGACGUGGACAUUAUCAUCAUUCCAUUCCACGAGUUCGGGAAGGGCCUGAUCAAGAAGUGCAGGACCAGCCCCGAUGCCUUCAUCCAGAUUGCACUCCAACUCGCUCACUUCAGGGAUAAGGGCCGUUUCUGUCUAACGUAUGAGGCGUCCAUGACGCGGCUGUACAGAGAGGGCCGCACGGAGACCGUCCGCUCCUGCACCGUGCAGACCUGCGCCUUCGUCAACGCCAUGAUCAACGACGAGCCCAAGGAGAAGAAGCUCCAGCUGCUGAAGGAGGCGGCGGAGCAGCACCAGCAGAUGUAUCGCCUGGCCAUGACGGGCAAGGGCAUCGACCGCCACCUCUUCUGCCUCUACGUGGUCUCCAAGUACCUGGGGGAGGACUCUGACUUCCUCAAGGAGGUUCUGUCUCAGCCCUGGAGUCUCUCCACCAGCCAGACUCCACUGCAGCAGGUGGAUCUGUUCGACCUGGUCAAGCACCCAGAGUACGUCUCCAGUGGAGGAGGAUUUGGACCGGUAACGGAUAACGGCUAUGGAGUGUCGUACGUGAUCAUUGGAGAAGACCUCAUCAACUUCCACAUCUCCAGCAAACACUCCAGCUCAGAAACCGACUCGCGGCGGUUCGGCGGGAACAUCAAGCAGGCCAUGCUGGACAUACUGGCCCUCUUCAACCUGCAGCCGAAGGCUACUAAAUGAUGCCCCUCACCACUACCACAAUAUCAGCCAUUAAAGCGCCACACCUAUCCUAUUUUAGACUGAGUUUAGAGUGAACAAAAA